UGUUGCCGUUGUGUGAUUGGUCCUCUGGUCCGAGUUUAAAAAGUAGACCGCGGAUAGCAAAGACGCUACAGGAGCUAACGUUUGCUACUACUUUUCGAUGUUUCCCGGUUUAAUUCAGAGACCGGUGAAUAAAAGAUAUCCAGAAGAUGAUGGAGUCUUGUUUAGCCGGGAAGCCGGAGAGAGUCGGGCCGGUGGAGGUGGACGACUUAAAGAGAGAUCUGCUUGGUGAUUUCUCUGCUCUACAAGCACAGGAUAGUGUUCAGUCACAGUCGGAGAACCUGCAGGUCUACCUGAGGGUUCGACCUUUGACUGCUGCUGAGAGUAACAGUGGAGAGUCACAGGAUUGUGUUAGUAUCGAGGGCCCGGACACAGUGGUCCUGAAGGCUCCCAGGAGCUAUCAAUCAAACAGACAGAGUGAGCGGUCCCUCCCCCAGAUGGCACAGAGGUUCACCUUCACACAGGUGUUUAGUCCAGAGGCCAGUCAGAGGAAGGUGUUCGAGGGUUCAGUCCGAAGUCUGGUCCGCGGCGUUCUGGACGGAGGAAACUGUUUGGUGUUCACCUAUGGAGUCACCAACGCUGGAAAAACCUUCACAUUCCUCGGUCCCGAUCAUGACUCCGGUCUGCUGCCCAGGUCUCUGUCAGUCAUCUUCAACAGCAUUGAGGGUCGUCUGUACAGUCGCAUGGACCUGAAGCCUCAGCGCUGCAGAGACUUCAGCAGGCUGACUCCAGACCAGCAGGCAGCAGAGAGCAGCGGCAAGAAGAACCUGCUGCGGCUGCUCAAAGAGAGCGACAAAACUCUGACAUCCGGAAGAGUAACCUUCCUUGAAGGCUCGUCUCUCAGCACUGACAGCAGUGUCUCUGAAGCUGACAGUUUCUGCCUGGACGUUGAUUCAAACGUCCGUUUCUCUGUCUGGGUGUCCUUCUGUGAAAUAUACAAUGAUAAUAUCCACGACCUGCUGGACCAGGUUCCCAGUGGACACCACAAGAGGACGGUGCUGCGUUUGUCUCAGGAUGUCAAAGGAAACUCCUUCAUCAAAGACCUGCGCUGGGUCCAGGUGAACAGCUCUGAGGAGGCCUACAGAGUGAUGAAGAUUGGAAAGAGGAACCAGAGUUUCUCCUCCACCAGACUGAACCAGCUCUCCAGCAGGAGCCACAGCAUCUUCUCCAUCAGGAUCCUCAGAGUGGAUGAUGUCGGUGUUCCCAGAGUCCUCAGCAUCAGCGAGCUGGUUCUGUGUGACCUGGCCGGCUCUGAGCGAUGUUCUCGGACUCACAACACUGGGGAGAGACUGAAGGAGGCAGGAAAUAUCAACAGUUCUCUGCUGACACUGGGGAAGUGCAUCAACGCUAUGAGACUCAACCAGAAUGCAAAGUUCCAGCACCACAUUCCCUUCAGGGAAUCCAAGCUGACCCACUUCCUGCAGUUCUUCUUCUGUGGUGCUGGUCGUGUCUCCAUGGUGGUCAACAUCAACCAGAACUCAUCCUGCUUUGAAGAGACGCUCAAUGUCCUCAAAUUCUCUGCCCUCGCACAAAAGGUGGUGGUGGUGAACUCGAGGCCGGUGGUCCCGGACAGCUCCCUCCACAGGUCAGCCAUGGAGCUGUCGAUGAUCAUCGACGAGGCCGAACAACGCAGGAAUGUGUUGAGGCGGGGCAGGAAGAGCUCGAUGGUUGCCUGGGAGACGACCCUGGAGGAUGUGUUGGAGGAUGAAGACGGUGAAGAGGAGGAGGAGGUGGAGAGUAUGAUAGAGGGAACGGUGCUGAAGGCAGGAGAUGAGGAAACGACCAUGGAGGAAGAGGAUACGUCGGACAGAGAGGCAGCGCUGCGCCUGGUUCUGGAGGCUCAGAUCAGAGAAGAAGUCAGCACUGAGUUCAUGGAGCUUUUCAGCAAGAUGGAGAAAGACUACAGUGAUCGUCUGGAGAGAGAGAGGGAGAUCCUGGAGGAGCGAGCUGACAAAAGACUAGAGAUCCUGAAGAACCUCUUCAGCAAGACCGUCGACUUCUCGGCUGCCAAGACAAACACCGGCAAGGAGCAGCAGGCGGGCCUGUUGGAGGAAAUCAUCAGUUCAGUGACUGAAGACCUGGAGAAGAUCAGAGAGGAUGCUAAGAGUGUUCACCGCUGUCUGACCGACGACGCGCUCACUGCAGAGCUGGAGGCGCUGCGACUGGAGAAGCAGCAGUCACAUGACCAACUGCAGGAAACCAAGGAGAGUCUGGAGCUACAGCGACAGAAGUUGUCUGAGCUGACACAGAUGUGUCAGCAGAAAGAUGACGUCAUCAGCAAGCUCCAGGCGACCAUGGACAGCACCGUGGACAACGCCACCCAAGAUAAAGCUCUGGUGGAGUCGAUCAGGUCGGAGCUGCUGGCGCUUCAACAGACCUGCUGCUGUCAGAGGAGGUCAGGAGGAGAGGAGGAGAGCAGGAAACGCCAGCAUGACCCUGUAGAGGACGAGGAGGAAAAAGGGAGACCAGCCAAGAGGAGAAUGGUUCUGGAGGAGGAGAUCUGGAGGCUCCAGGAAGAAAAUGACAAGAAGGAGGAGAUGAUCCGUCAGCUGAGAGAGAGGGAGGAGAGCUGGAAAACACUGGAGGAGGAGCUGAAAGAGAGGGAGGAGAGCCGGGGAGCACUGGAGGAGGAGCUGAAGAGGAGGGGGGAGGAGGUGGAGAAGCUAAAGAAGGAGCAGGUUUUGCUGCAGCAGAAGGUGCAGGCACUGACAGACCUGGACCAGUGUCCAAACUGCGAGCCUGUGUUUUUGUCUCUGGAGUCGGAGCAGAGGGAAACAUCCAGACUGAUGAAGGAGAACAAAUCUCUGGUUAACGGCAUCUUCCAGCUGCAGACAGAGAUAACCGACCUCCAGCAGCAGCUCAAAGACCAGACUGACAGGUCUGGUAACCUAUCAGAGCAGCUCAACACCAUGAAGUCCCGCCUCCAGGACCUGGAGGGCCAAUCAGAAGAGAAGAGCAAAACUGUCAAUAGUCUAACACAAGAAGUGGAGCGUCUCAGACAGGAUGUCAAGGAGGAGGAGGGCUGCAGCAGCAGUACUUUCCAUGCUGCCAUGGAGGAGCUGAGGAAGGAGAGUCAUGCAGCGCUGCAGAGAUCAGCUCAGAAAUCAAAACAGAUCCAGGAUCUGCAGAGAGAAAAACACCAGCUGGAGGAAGCUCUGACUCACAGUGAGAGCAAAUGUGUUCAGCUCAUGGAGGAGUUAGCCAAUCAGAAAGCAGAAUUCUCCCAUCAGCUGCAGAGCCUGAGGGCGGAGCUUGAGUUGGAGCAUGGAGCUCUGCGAGGGAGACUGGAGGAGAUGGCGAGAACAGAGGAGGAGCAGAGGCGAGAGGAGCAGAGAGAGAAACAAGAGCUGCAUGAUGUCCUGAUGGAGAAGGAGCGACUUCUACAAGAAAGUCACAAACAGGUGGAGGCUCUGAAACAAGAGCUGGAGCAUCUGAAGAAGGACCUGCAAAGAAGGAAGGAGGAGGAAGAGAAGGAGAACAGGGUGGAGGAGAAGAAGGUGUCAGUGGUGGAGGAGCUGAAGAAGGAACUCCAGAGAUUCCAGGAGAGGAGGGGGAGAGCACAGGAAGAGGAGGAGGGAGAGUUUGAGGCGGUGCGGAGAGAAGUGGAGAGACUCCAGAGGCUGAAGGAGGAGAGGGAAAACAGCACUCAGAGGUGUGGUGGACAUGUCCUUCAUCCAGAAGAGGAGGUGCACGGUUCUGUUCUGAGGUCCAACAUGGCCAACAGGAAGAGAAUCACCGGCCGGAAGAGUUUCAGCUGCGAGGUGGAGGACCUGGUGUUCAAUGAGAACAAGAGAAGUAAAGUGAGAAGAAACAAAAAACAGGACAAGAAAGACGGGACUCUUCAGAAGAUCGGAGAACUGAUCCACAGCUCGCCGUCCAUCCUCAGCACCAAAGCUAAAACCACCAUCGGACUGGUCAACGGACACUCGGUGGAGAAGGAGCCAGUUACCGUGGCAACCAAACCCCAAAGAGGACGGAGGAAGCUUUACAAGACGGAGGCUUCGUCUCCGAUGCUCAACUCUCCACACUUGAUUUCAGAAGCAGCACAGGACGAAAAGGAGAGCGAUCACCUCAUCAUUAAACGACAGCUGCGUUCUAAAACCUGCAGGAAGUGACAUUGUCAUCUUGUGACGACACUACACUGUAAGACGUGAUCUUUAGCUGGUUCUAGAGCUUCUCAGGACACCAGGACUAAAACCUCCCAAACUUCAUCUUCUGUGAAUCUGAAGAAGUGUUUUAUAUUUUUAUUAUUAUUAGUUUUUUAGGAUUUUAGCUUAGUUUGUGGUUUCAGGGCUUUUUUUUAUGUAAGGGAUCAAUAAAAUGAGAGAAUGAUGCAACAAUCUUUUUCUCUUAAUGAAAAAAUAAACUUGUAUCCCCUCCUUCAAUUGCCUGCUGCAGAAUGUGUCUACGGUGGCUGUAAAUGUCCAAACACACUGAUACACCAGCAACAUUUUGCAAAGAUAAACUAUUAAUUGACCAUGUCUUCAGUAGGAACCGAUGUGCUUGGAGCUGAGAGACCAACUGAGUCACUGUUGGUUCGAGUUUUCACUGUUGGUUCAAGUUUACUCAAAGAGAAAAACAGAAUUAUUUACUAGGUGAUGAUAUAAAACAGGACACAAACAUACUUACAGAAUCUUAGUUUUUCUGUAAAAGCUCUGGUUUCUAACGUAGAACAGCAGCUUGUUACUCAGGUGACAAACAGGUGGGUUUGUAUCUCACUGCCUCGCUGAUUUUGGCGUUUUGUGAUUCGGUUUGUAGAAACAACUCUUCAAACAGCAGCAUGACUUACUUUGACAUUGACAGAAAACUCAAACUAAAUAUUGUAAUGUAAGAGACAUUUCACUGAAACUGUACAAACACGUUUGUCUUGUCAUGGUCAGUUUUGUGUUGACUGUUUCCUGCCACCUGCAGAGAUCUUUAUUAAAAUCCAUCUGAGAUUUUUUAGUUUUUGUACCUGAGUG